CAACCAGUUUUAAAAAAUGAAGAAGCGGUUGCCAAUACUGAAGUGUUCCUUGAUACUCUAAUCAAGUUUCAUGCUGCUAUUGGUAACGAAUUCAUGAUUCCAACUAUUGGAGGCAAAGAAUUAGAUUUGCGUCUUUUAUACAUGGAAGUUACUUCUCGAGGAGGACUCAAACAAGUCAUCGAAGACAGGAAAUGGAAGGAGAUAACUGCGUUGUUUAAUUUUCCACCAACAGCAACCAACACAUCCUUUGUUCUAAGCGAAUAUUACAUUAGUUUGCUUCAUCAUUAUGAGAAAGUUUACUUCUUUGGGGCCCAGCGUCAUCUAAUUCCCCCACCACAAACUGCUCUACCUGCUCCAAGCCCUGUUAAUCCACCUUUGGAUGAAGUCCAGCCUCUGAUCAGGAGAAAAAAGAGGAGAGCUUCAAUUCCUCUUUCUGAAGUUAACCCUGCAUCUUUUUUGGGUCAUCCCGUGACUGGAGUUAUAUAUGGAAAAUUCGAACAUGGUUAUCUUGUUACCGUGGUGGUUGGCUCGGAAAAAUUAAGUGGUGUAUUAUACCAGGUGCCAACAGAACAGUUUGCAGAAGUACCUAGUUACUUAAAUAAUGGGGAUGCUGCUUUAGGGGUUCGCCCUUGUAGCCGUCGUAGGAGAAAAAAUGAAAUUAAGAAAAAAGAUCCGGAUCAUCCUAAGCAAAAUAGGAAUGGCUACAAUUUUUUCUUUGCUGAGCAGUAUAAACAAUUGAAAGCAUUGCAUCCUGGCGAGGAUAGGGAGAUCAUAAAAAUGAUUGGUGAUUCGUGGAAGAAUCUAAAAGAAGAAGAAAAAUCGGUUUACCAGGAACUUGCAUUGAAGGAUAAGGAAAGGUACAGAAGUGAAAUACAAGAAUAUAGAAAAGAAAAAAUUGCAGUCCCAUGA